AUGAAUGCACUAGCAGCCACCAACAGGAACUUUAACUUGGCCUCUAGGCUUCUGGGAUUGGAUUCAAAGCUUGAGAAAAGUUUGUUGAUUCCAUUCAGGGAAAUCAAGUUCACCAACUCUAGCUCUAAAUCAUGUGUCAGAAUAAUGCAUGUUGAAUGUACCAUACCUAAACAUGAUGGCACGUUGCAAUCUUAUGUUGGGUUCAGGGUUCAACAUGAUAAUGGCACAGGCCCCAUGAAAGGAGGAAUCAGAUACCAUCCUGAGUUAUGCUUUAGCACAACUAAUGACAUGGAAAACAACUGUAGGCUUGUAGCAAAUAUACCAUAUGGUGGUGCCAAAGGAGGGAUAGGUUGUGACCCAGCAGAAUUAAGUAUAUUUGAGUUAGACAGACUUACUAGAGUUUUUACACAAAAAAUUCAUGAUUUGAUUGGAACUCACACAGAUGUGCCAGCACCUUAUAUGGGAACAGGACCACAGACCAUGGCAUGGAUACUAGACGAGUAUUCCAAAUUCCACGGUUACUCUCCUGUAGUAGUGACUGGAAAACCUAUAGAUCUUGGUGGAUCUCUAGGUAGAGACGUGGCUACGGGAUGGGGAGUCCUCUUUGCAACAGAGGCUUUGCUUAAUGAGUAUGGAAAGAGUGUAUCUGGACAACGGUUUGUCAUACAGGGUUUUGGAAAUGUAGGGUCAUGGGCUGCCCAAUUAAUUAGUGAUAAAGGUGGAAAAGUUGUUGUUGUCAGUGACAUAACUGGAGCCAUAAAGAACAGCUAUAGUAUUGACAUCCCAAACCUUCUUGAGCAUUCCAAAGUGCACAGGGGAGUAAAAGGAUUCCAUGGUGGUGAUCCAAUUGACCCUAACUCAAUAUUGGUUGAAGAUUGUGAUGUUCUAGUCCCAACAAGUCUUGGGGGUGUCAUCGAUAAGGAAAAUGCAAAUGAAAUCAAGGCCAAAUUUAUUGUGGAAGCAGAUAAUCACCCAACUGACCCAAAGCCAGAUGAGAUUCUGAAGAAGAAAGGGGUUGUCAUCCUCCCAGACAUAUUUGCAAACUCAGGAGGCGUUACAGUUAGCUACUUUGAGUGGGUUCAGGAAAGAUGUAUUCUGUAUGGUAUUCCCACUAGCCUAAUGCCAGUAAAACAGAGUAUAAAUUGCUGCAAGUUUUAA